CUUUAAGGUUCCUCCCAACCCAAACCAUUCCAUGGUCCUUUAACAAGGCAGGGAUUGGUCAAAGGUUGGACUCAAUGAUCCCGGGUUUCCAGCCUCAGUGAUUCUGUGAUUUACUGCUGGGUGUGCUGCUUGGAUCCCCCAUGGCAAAUAAAUCUGCAUUUGCUGGUGUUUCAAAGGCAUGGAUCCAGUUUCCAGCUCUGCAGAAACCCAGGCCCUCACAGCACCAGCUCUGCCCACCAGCAAUCCCAAAUCCCAAGCCACUCAUGCAAACCUGGCUACAUUUAUCAGUGCCAGAGAAUUAGAGACGAACUGAAGCAUCACCAGGGGUUGUUUCAGUGCCUGUCUCACAGCCCCAUUCCCUCAGGGAAAUGAUCAGGAGGGCAGAAGUUUUCCAGUGGGACUCAGGUAACCCCGUCAGGGCUGGCAGCUGAGGUGCCUCAGUACCUGCUGGUGGUUACUGAGGCUCCUUCUUCAUUCCAUCUGUGUCUUAAUUCAAAUGCUUGGCUGAUAACAUCAUCCCUGGAAUAGAUUUUGGGCACAGUGACAGCAACAGUCCUCCCACACUGUGUGUAAAUCGGGUAUAAAAAGCUACAAUGUGAGUCCUACUUGUUAUACAUCCGAGAUGGAAAAGCCCCACAUCAGGAGAAUAAAGCCUGGUGCUAUUUCAGGCCUUCAGCACAGAUGUGCAAUAAAAACCCCAUGUUUCACAACCCAACAUUACUUAUAAAAUAACUCCAUUAAUAACCUGCAGAGCUUGCCAUAAAGCCACUUUGCAUGGUUAAUUUGCACAGACUGGGCACAAAGGAAGAACCAGAAAGCUCAGGCUGAGCUUGACCUUGUGCUGCCCAUCCAGGGCAGGAGGGAUGGUGACUUUAUUCCAGCACAGGUACUGGCUUGGUGCCUGAAAAUAGAAAGGUACCUAAAGCAAAGCCUUUUAUGUAUCUUCAGGUCAUCAUCCUUGGAUCACAGCACUCCUGGAAAAUCUACAAAUACAGAAUAAGCAGGAAGCGCGCGGGCAUAGCAUGAGCGGCCGCGGCGCUGCGGGCCAUGCCCUUCUCCAACAGCUCUGAGCUCAGCCCGUCCUUCAUCCUGGCCAGCCUGCCGGGGCUGGAGGCGGCGCAGUCCUGGAUGGCCAUCCCGCUGUGCUCGGCCUACGUGCUGGCCGUGCUGGCCAACGGCGCCGUGCUGCUGGUGGUGCGCGCCGAGCCCAGCCUGCACGCGCCCAUGUACUUCUUCCUCUGCAUGCUGGCCGCCAUCGACCUGGCGCUGGCCACCGCCACCGUGCCGCGCACCCUCUGCUUCUACUGGUUCGGCAGCCGCGAGAUCAGCUUCGCCGCCUGCCUGCUGCAGAUGUUCCUCAUCCACACGCUCUCGGCCGUCGAGUCCACCGUGCUGCUGGCCAUGGCCGUGGACCGCUACGUGGCCAUCUGCCACCCGCUGCGGCACGCCGCCGUGCUCACCAACGGCGCCACGGCCAAGAUCGGCCUGCUGGCCAUGGCCAGAGGCGUGCUCUUCUUCCUGCCGCUGCCCCUGCUCCUCCUGCCGCUCCCCUUCUGCGGCCCCCGCCUGCUGUCCCACUCCUUCUGCCUGCACCAGGACGUGAUGAACCUGGCCUGCGCCAACACCACGCCCAGCGUGGUGUACGGGCUCACCGCCAUCCUGCUGGUCAUGGGGCUGGACGCCGUGCUCAUCUGCCUCUCCUACCUCCUCAUCCUGAAGGCCGUCCUGCGCCUGGCGGCCUGGAGGGAGCGGCUCAAGGUGUUCAGCACCUGCAUCGCCCACAUCUGCGUGGUGCUGGCCUUCUACGUGCCCCUGAUCGGGCUCUCCGUGGUGCACCGCUUCGGCAAGGACCUGGCCCCGCUGGUCCACAUCAUCAUGGGCAACAUCUACAUCCUGGUGCCCGCCGUGCUCAACCCCAUCAUCUACGGGGUGAGGACCAAGCAGAUCCAGAGGAGGAUCCUGAGCCUGAUCCACGUCACUGCCAGAGCUCCGCGGUGACCCGGCCGCCGCCCCGUGUCCUCACCCUGGCUCACCUCGUUUUACACCCAGAGCCGUCGGUGCUGCGUGCUCUCCGUGUCCUCCCCGUGUGCUCUGAGGUGCUGCCACCAGGAAAAGCUGAUUGUAAACUCCUUCCCAGAGCGUCUGCCCUCACCAAACUCAGAGAAAUGAUGGCAGUGAUCUAAAUCCAAGCCCGAGCUGGCAAGGCUCCACAAGAAGGGAAAAGUGACUCAGCAAACACACAGAUGUCCCAGCACUGCUCCUCUUGGCUCCCUUCUCACCUCUAACCGUGGCAGGGCAGAGAAAAUGCCGCAUGGUUUGGGAUGAUUCAGUUAAUUCAUUGUUUUCACGUGGGGCACAGUCACACUACAGAAGUUUUGCCAGAAAAUUUGCAUGUAGCAUCAUUAUUUUAGUAAAAUAAUUACAGGACACCUGUCCAAAAUGACGUUAGAGAUGCAGAAAGGUAUUUCAGAGAAAGAACAUCCACCUCUGUGGUCUUGUUCUAACCUGCUGUGUGCUCUGUCAAGACCCCUCAACCUCCUCAUAGCAGAUGCUGUGGAAAAACUUCUGAGUCAGAGUUACUGGUGGCAACCGUAAAAAUAAUUUAAAUUAGUAAUUGCAUUCAAUAAAAUGAAAACAUCUCAAGGGAAAAAAAUAAGCAAGUUAUAAAUGUCAGUGAUUAUUCCACGCUGAAGGAAGUCUCGAUUCCAAGCCAAAGGUGUUCCACACUGGGAAUUCCUGAAACGUCCUGUCACUAGCACCACUGAGCAGAGUCUGGCACCAUCCUCUGGCACGCCUUGGAGAGGUGGAUGGAUUGAUGGGAACCCCUCUCAGUGCUCUCAUCCUCAUGAACUGUGGCUUCACACUCGAGGUGAAUCAGGGAUGUUCCCAGACACGGAGAUCCCUCAGGGAGGGGCUGCAGGAGCGCUGGGGCUGGGCUCCUGUUUGGUCACCGUGGGUUUGGCUGCCCCAGGGGUGGCACAAGGCCCUGCCCAGACCUUUCUGGGGGAGCUGCAGCAGCACUGCUCCGACCUGCACUCCAUCACGAGGCCCAGGUGCUCCCAACCCCCCGUGUCUCCAUCAGCAUCCCAUUAUCCCAAAUCCCCGGGGCUGGCACAGCCCUGCCAGCCCAGGCAGUGCCAGCUGUGCCCCAUGGCCAC